ACUCAUUUUUAGGUGUCACUUUUAACCACUGUAGUUUUUCUCCUCAAAUCAUUUGUGGGAAGUGUCUUUCGAUCAGAUAACGCUAGCUUUUUUGUACAAUAAGGUCAACUCAGUGCCAGAAAAAGUGAUCAUAUCAAUAAUCAACGUGCCAAAUUGAUUCUCUGCGCUCAAAAACCGUUUAAUCCUUUAAAAGUGUCCUGAUAGGUACCAACGUACGACACCAUGAACAUUAUUAAUAAGUUGUCUUUACUGACAACUAUGUUCCGAAUGCUCGGUGUAGGAAGGCUUAGUAAUGUUGCUGAUAACGGUGAUUUAGCGUCUCACGUAGGAGAAUACGAGGAGAACCACCAUGAUAAGAGUAUCACUUAUCGCUCAGAUAGACAGGAUGAUUCCGAGUUAAUAUUGAAGCUCUUUAACAAUCCUUAUAAUAAACUCAGUCGGGAAGACUUCGACUUCGCAACAGCUGAUUCUCACAGACCUUUUGAGAUGCCGGACUUUGAGCUUUCGGAGAUACAAACGCUUGAUCGCAGGACACAUUUCUCCGCUUUUGACCCACUGCACCGGGAACUUGCCGCCAAACUAAUCAAAAUAUUCAUGCGUCAACGAGAUUUGAAAGAGCUGGUAUCAAUGUCUGGAUAUUUGCGUGAUGAAGUUCAUCCUGAUUUGUUUAACUACGCACUGUCGAUCACUUUAAUGCACAGAAAAGACACAAGCAAUCUGCAAGUACCCCUUUUGGCGACGGUUAUGCCUCAUAAGUUUAUUGACGCCAAAAUACUUAGAAAAGUAAAGGAGGCAAUAAAAAAUGGCACGUAUGAUUCUAACAAUCCUAUUUUUAUGACGCCACAGCAAACGACUUCAAAAGACGAAAAUCUCCUUCACUAUUUCCGUGAGGACAUUGGCGUAAGUACGCACCACUGGCAAUGGCAUUUGCUCCACCCCUAUCGUCUACAAGUUCAUAACUUCGGGGAGAUCAUACCCCCUAAAAAUCGACGAGGGGAGUUAUUCUACUUCAUGCAUCAACAAGUCCUGGCCCGGUACCACUUUGAACGAUACAGUAAUGGUUUAAAGAGAACAGCAGACUUAAGGUUUGAGGAGCAUAAGCCUAUACCGGAACCUUACUAUGCAAAAAUUGAAAGAUUGCCCUCAAUUCCAUACGCAAGCAGAGAAAAAAAUACGAUUUUAAGGACGUUUAAAUAUCCACCCAACGAAACCGUGACAGUUAAAGACAUACAACUGUGGGGUCAGCGAAUUCUAGAUUCAAUCAGACAGGGCACGGUAUUAUAUGAAAACGGUACAAUAAUAACGCCAAAAAACGAGGAGUAUAUUGAUAUUCUUGGUAAUAUGGUCGAGGCAUGUACAGCAAGUCCCAAUUUGGGUUACUAUGGAUCCCUUCACAACAAAGGUCACGCUGGGAUAGGGCAGUGCCAUGGUCCGAAAGGCGUUGGCGUUAUGUACGAAAACUCAUGUUCAAUGCGAGAUCCUGUUUUCUACCGAUGGCACGGAUUUGUGAAUUGGAUCUUCAACAGACACAAAGAGAGACUACCUCCUUAUACUGUCGAACAGCUAGGAUUUGAUGGCGUCAAGAUCGAAAGUGUCACGGUUCACACUCAGGACGAAUCCGUCGAGGAAAAUGAAUUCUUAACUCACUGGGAGCAAAGUUUUAUAGAUGUAUCUAAUGGAUUGAACAUACCAUUAUCUAAUGGAACAGAAAAAUAUAGUCGGUCAUCUCCAGUCUUAAUUUCCUACCGACAUAUGCAGCAUCGGCCGUUUACGUAUACAAUAAUUGUGAAUUCAGAUCGUGAAGUAACAGGGACUGUGCGAAUUUUUUUGGCUCCUGCUUAUGAUCCGGAUCUUGGUGAAAAUUUUCAUUUCUAUAACCAGCGAAACGUUUUCGUUGAGUUGGAUAAAUUCGUAGUCCAAUUGAAAGCGUCUACGAAUGAUAUUUUGCGUCACUCUGCGGAAUCAACGCUCACGGUAACCACCGACUUCCGACAGCCUCUUGGAAAAACAUUAAAUGCUCCAAAAUUUAAUAAACUCCGAGGUUGUGGAUGGCCUGAGUACCUCCUAAUACCGAAGGGCACACCGGAGGGUCUAGCUUCUAAGCUUUUUGUGAUGAUAUCAGACUGGGAAAAUGGAGAUAAGGUCAGUGGGAGCGUACCGACUGCUGAGCUUCAAGCUGAGAACCCUCUGUGCGGUGUAACAGAAGGGCUGUACCCUUACAAAAGGCCGAUGGGUUUCCCCUUCGAUCGCCGCGCAAGGGAUGAUGUUGAGACUUUGGACGAUUUUAUACACCGAGGCACUGGCAAGCGCCGUGAACGCUUCUCAAAUAUGUAUGUUGUGGACACGAAAAUUAGAUUCGACGGAUCUCGCUGAUGCUGGGAAUGACAGCCACGUCUUGUCAGCGACUUUCAAAAGUGCGACUGGCGCGAGGAAAUCUAUAAUUUUAAAAUUAAUUUUAAUAUUGACUCAUUUAUUUGAGCCAGCAAAUUUCAUUUUUUCGUUAAUUUUAUCAUGUAUACUUUUUUGUAGUCUUAAACUGUAAAUAUAUCGUCAAUUUUUGCAAUCGGUCA